GUGAAGUCGGUAUCUAGGCAGCUGUUCGUACUGUCUCUACCGUCAUGACAGCCAGGCUAGCUUGUAAACAACAGCAAAAACGUCUGCUGAUAUCUCCGGUAAUUUAACGGCUAAACGCGGCAGUGUGUUUCUACCCUGUCCCUGUGUCCACCGCUGUCCCUCUUUGCAUGUCCUUUUCAAGCCUGUGGUCGUUGCUGAGGAUCGACUCGGCAUCCCACUGAUGUUGCCUGAAUGAGCUAACCUCUCAGCUGUCUCCACAGAAGAAAAGCGUCAUUGUUCCUGGGACAUAAGACUGAAGCUUGGAAGCAAAUGUCUCGCCGCCUUCCUCUGAGGUUUGAGACCAGUCAGAGUUGAGAGCUGGGUCCUCGACGGCUGCGGUGAUGCGAGCUUCAGCAGCAGGCUGCAGGAUGAGCUUGGCCACGCUUCUUAAUGGGCUGCUGGUCUCCAUAGUUGCGGCUCUACUGUGGAAGUAUUCCAAGCUAAGCGAGCAUGCCGCCCUGCUGGAGGAGGAGCUGCAUAUGACGCAGCAAUCACAGGAGCUCUCGCAGGCCCGCAUCGACUACCAUGUCGCCCUGCAGGCUCUUCAGGAACAUGGCACCCGCAUGGUCUGCACAGGGAAGAUGCACACCGAUCGCAUCUGCCGCUUCGACUACCUCUGCUACAGCUCUGAGGCAGAGGAGUUUGUGUUCUUCCACUCCAACUCCUCGGUCAUGCUGCCUAACCUCGGGUCUCGCCGCUUUCAACCUGCCCUGCUGGACCUGUCCUCAGUUGAGGAUCACAACACUCAGUAUUUCAACUUUUUAGAGCUCCCAGCUGCUGCUCUGAAGUUCAUGCCCAAGCCGGUGUUUGUUCCAGACGUGACACUGAUCCUGAACAGGUUUAAUCCUGACAACCUAAUGCAUGUUUUCCAUGAUGACUUACUACCAGCCUUUUAUACCAUGAAGCAGUAUUGCGAUUUGGAUGAUGAGGCUCGGCUCGUGUUCAUGGAGGGCUGGGGUGAGGGCCCACAUUUUGAUCUCUACCGACUCCUCAGCAGCAAGCAGCCGCUACUCAAAGAGCAACUGAGGAACUUUGGGAAACUGAUGUGUUUUACUAAAUCUUAUGUUGGUUUGUCCAAAAUGACUACCUGGUACCAGUACGGGUUCGUCCAACCACAGGGGCCCAAAGCCAACAUUCUGGUCUCGGGAAAUGAGCUCCGGCAGUUUGCCAAGACUCUGAUGGAGAAAAUGAACAUCACAAGGGUGGACGAGGCAGAGAAAGCCGGAGGAAGUGGUGAACAUGAGGAGAGGGACAAAGAUGAGUACAUUGUCGUCUUCAGCCGCUCAACGACGAGGCUCAUACUAAAUGAAGCAGAACUGAUCAUGGCACUGGCCCAGGAGUUCCAGCUGAGGGUGGUCACUGUAUCCCUGGAGGAGCAGUCUUUUCCCAGUAUCAUCCAGGUGAUCAGCAGGGCGUCCAUGUUGGUCAGUAUGCAUGGAGCUCAGCUCAUCACUUCGCUGUUCCUCCCCAGAGGCGCUGCCGUCAUAGAACUCUUCCCGUUUGCCGUAAACCCAGAGCAAUACACCCCUUAUAAAACCCUUGCCUCCCUUCCUGGCAUGGACCUUCACUAUGUCUCCUGGAAAAACACUAAGGAGGAAAACACUGUCACUCACCCAGAAAGACCCUGGGAACAAGGAGGCAUCGCCCACUUGGAAAAAGCUGAACAGGAGCGAAUCCUUGUGAGUAAGAACGUCCCCCGGCAUCUGUGCUGCCGGAACCCGGAGUGGCUUUUCCGGAUUUACCAGGACACACUGGUGGACAUCCCAUCUUUACUGGAGGUCCUUAAGGACAGCAUGAAGACCAAGUCUAACUUGAAAAAGGCCAAGACAGCCAGCACCGUCCACCCUGGCAGGGUCAGAGAAGCCCAGUGUCAGACCUCCAUACAGACCGCUAAGGAGGCCAAACUCUCAGUCUCCUGGCAGAUCCCCUGGAAUCUGAAAUACCUGAAGGUGAGAGAGGUGAAGUAUGAGGUGUGGAUCCAGGAGCAGGGAGAGAACACCUACAUGCCUUAUAUCCUUCCCCAGCAGAACUACACUUUUUCAGAAAACAUUAAACCAUUCACCACCUACCUGGUGUGGGUGAGGUGCAUUUUCAAUAAGAACCUGCUGGGCCCGUUUGCAGACGUUCUUACAUGCAGGACCUAAAACAAAUGCUAAGAAAGUUUGUUGCUGUGCAGCAGUCGGACUGUGAUAACAUUUGGUUAAUGUGGAGGUCGGUAAACGUAGUUUGGUUUGUUCCUGCAAUUUGAGAGCAGACUGAAGCCCCUGCAGUGACACUUCCACACCACCAUCAAGCACAUGGGGUCUGCUAAAGAAUACAGAUAAUAUCUGUGGAUGAAAUUGCAUUUAUUAUAUGAAAAAGUGUUUCACCAGUUUGUUUCUGAUACAUUCAAAUCAACAGAUUUAUUUAUAUAAAAAAUAAUAUAUAACAUUUUUAUUAGUCCAAACACUGGUUAUUUAUUUUUACUGUGUGCAGUGCAGCUUGUUUGUGGCGAGAAAGAGAUUUUUUUUUUAUUAUUUUCUGACUUGUCCAAUGUCUCUGUGUCCCACCUCGGUGGCUUAUUCCUCCAGCAACGCUAGAUCAUCAUAUACAGGUCCAAACCCGAACCAACUUAUUCUCCAACACUGCAGUGAGUAAAUAUUCCUGCCGUGUCACUGAUCAAACAUAUUUAAUCUGUCAUACCCCCAUCAGGUAUGAAAUUUGAAACAUUUGUGAAAACAAAAGAUUUUUGUAAAUGAAGCAUCACACCAGUGUUUCUGUGAAUAAAACUUUAACAUUUGGGCUGUGAACAAUAUAGGAAUUUAAUAUCUUCAAAUUCUUCCCUGAUGUCUUAUAAUUUACCCAGUUCCUCUAACUGAUAAUGAUAAUAGCUGUAAUAAUGACAGUUUUCUGUGUUCUCUUUUCAUCAUGUUUUUUAUAAAGAAAUGUGAAGCCGACCAGAAAAAGAAAAAAUCCUUGUUGUCUUUGCUUAGUUUCCUUAAAUUUUUUUUUCUUUUUCAGUUUAAAGAGGUGAUUUUUAUACCCUCAAAGUAGAAAGUGUUGAUCUGUACGUUGUAGAUGAGAUGUUUUCUGGAGAGGCUCUACCUGGACAAAUCACUGCCACCAACACAAGUCAGUCCAUGUUAAAUUAACUUGAAACCUUUCCAGGUCAAGACUGCAAAGACAGUAUUAAGCCACUCUGAUUCGGUUCUGCAUGUUUAUUUUAUUGUGAGUGCAAAAUGAGAUGAUUAGAUGUGUGUUUGUGCUGAUUAGAUUUCUUUGUGACCCUCUUUGUAUUCACUAAACAAGUCCAGUCUGUUUUCUUUAAAAGCAAAAAGUUGGAUUUUUUUUUAUUAUUAUUCAAUAAAGAAUCUUAAUUUCA